AUGACGCGCGCUGUGCGCCUCAUGAAAGCCGUGUCGGUCACCAGCUGCACUCUCACGUCCAUCGGAAUGCCCGUGCUCUGUGUGCUCAGUGAGCAAGACGCGUCCUCUGUCGGCAAGUGGGCAAUGUGCGGCACCAUCAUGCUGUUCGGUUUUGGCUCCACCUCACUCUUUCACUACCUGUUCAAGCCGUAUGUGAUGCGGAUGUGGCUGGCAAAUACAUCUGCUGGCCCUAAUCAGGCGUCCGUUGCAGAUACAAAAGAUGACCCGACUGUGACAGUCGAGACGACGACGUUGUUUGCUCAGCUGGAGCAGCACUCGUUCCGACUGUCCAGUGUCACUCCUCCUACACAGGCGAUGCACCCGAUGAUCUCGUUCCAGGCUCGUGGCCGUCACUACUUCAUCCACCCAGAGGCUUUCGAUAACCAAAACCUGCUGAACAAACUGAUGGGCUCAGGAAAGCGCAAGUAG